AUGCGAACUCGAUCGAGUCGGUCUACAGAAGACUUGGUCGAGCUAGACUUUACAACGGGUAGAAAGAGGGUUCAGAGGUCACAGAGGGUACAAGAGGAACCUGAGGUGCUUGUUGCUGAUACAAUGGAUGUACCAGAGGGGAAUGGAAACCCUUUGGGCAAUGGACUCGGUCGAGCUAGGCAAACUCGACCGAUUGGUCAAGGAGAUGCUCCAAACCGCCACCAACAGAGACAAGGGAUUGUUCCACCACCAGUGCAGAACCACAACUUUGAGAUCAAGCUGGGAAUGAUCAACCUUGUCCAGAACAAGAUGUUCCAUGGAUUGCCAAGUGAAGACCCCAUUGACCACCUUGAUGAGUUUGAUAGGCUUUGUGAUUUGACAAAGAUCAAUGGUGUCUCUGAAGAUGCCAUCAAGCUGAGACUCUUUCCUAUGUCUCUAGCUGACAAAGCUCACCAAUGGGAGAAGAGCUUGCCCCAUGGCACAAUCACCACUUGGGAUGAAUGCAAGAAGGCCUUUCUUGCUAAGUUUUUCUCCACCGGUCGCACAGCCAAGCUUAGAGGAGAGAUAUCCAGCUUCAUCCAGCGAAACAAUGAGACAUUCGCAGAGGCUUGGGAGAGGUUCAAAGGCUACACAAGUCAGUGCCCACACCAUGGAUUCAACAAUGAAUCACUACUCUCCACUCUUUAUAGAGGAUGCUUGCCUAGGUAUAGGGAGAUGCUAGACACAGCUAGCAAUGGGAACUUCCUCAACCAGGAUGUAGAUGAUGGCUGGCAACUUGUGGAGAACAUAGCUAACUCAAAUGGAAGCUAUGGAGAAGAGUAUGAUCGCACCAACCGGAGCUCGACCCACCACUCGAUCGAGUCAGACGAAAAGUUGAGAAAAGAUGUUAAGGCAUUGAAUGAGAAGUUGGAUAAGCUGAUCCUAGCUCAGUCCACAAUGAAGAAAGUCAACUUUGUGUCUGCUGAGGAGAUGGAACCAGUCCAAGAAGGGGAGGAUACACAAUUUGCUGAGGUGUGCUACAUGAGCAAUGGGCAAGGAGGUUACAACAAAGGAUACUAUAAUUACAAGUCCAACCCUGCCAUGUCAUACCGCAACACUGAUGUUGCUAACCCUCAGGACCAAGUCUAUCCUCAACAACAAGCAGCUCGAUCGAGUCAAGGCCACAACAUGGGCUUUCCCCACCAACCACCCCAGCCUGCACCUUCACAAGAGAAUGAGCUCAAGGCAAUGCUAAAGCAACUACUUCAAGGGCAAGCUGAUGGGGUAGUGGACACAAGCAAGAAGCUAGCUGAAAUAAACUCUAAGAUCGAGAACCUCAACACAAGGGUUUACUCUCUGGAGAAUCAUGCUUCUUCUGUUGCUGCUGCUACAAAGCAAGGACAACUACCUGGUAAAGCUAUUCAGAACCCCAAGGAACAGUGCAAGGUCAUCUUCACUCAAGAAGGACUUGUUGAAGAAGAGGAUCAAGAAAGGGUCAUUGAAGAUUUUUGUUUACUGCUGAAUGAUGAAGAGAUUGUUGCUGCUGAGGCUCCUGGAGUCCAGAUUGAUCAACCAGAAGUGCAGGCACCUACUGUGGCCAUUCACACUUCACCAGUUGAGCUCGCACAACAAGCUCGAUCGGCAGCUCGAUCGAGUCCAACUCUAGCUCGAUCGAGUCCGACCUCUUCUGUCCAAAGCCUGUUUUGCUUGAUCCUUACCAACCGGUUGCCGCUUCCUCGUCUCGCCUACUUAGUCAAGGUCACAAGGAAGUGA